CAGCCGAAGACCGACACAUAUCCCCAACGCCGUUCGACCGACAUAUCAAAGUGAUUAUUCAAGAGAAAAAAUAUUCGAAUACCGCGACCGACCAGUGAUGGGAUUUUCCUGACGACCACGGCCCCGGGAAAUGAGGAAAAUGUUCGCGGCUCGUAGUGGAGAAGAGUGACGAUGACGUUGAGACAUCGGGGGCCCGGUCCCCCCGGGGUGCUACUGUUUUUCGUGUGUGUUCUGUUCCUUUUUGUGCCACAAAAUGCCGGUGCCGAGAAAACCAAGAAAUACUCAAUGCAAUCACUCUGCAAGAACCACUUUCUACAAAACCUCUACCGCAAAAUAGACGGCGCCCUUCUCUGGUCGCAGAACGAGAGAAAUUUGGACUGCAUCAUAACGUUUCAGACGCAUUCCAUUCUUCAGAGAUUCAUGCUCCGCUUCGACUUUCUUCAACUCGACUGCAAUGACCAUCUGUACAUUUACGAUGGCGCACACGCAGUUGGGACAUACAAGUUCGACUUGACCUGCAAAAACACGAAGCAGAAUUUGGGAGCAAUGUUUACUCGCACCAACUACGUCACACUAAAAUAUGUAACGGAUGCCUGGGGAACUGACUCCAACGGUUUCAAGCUCGUCAUUACUGCUGUCAAAGAUCCCAAGCAUUCCUGUACAGAGUUUCGCUGCAACCUCAGGGAAUUUUGUAUAGCCACAGAACUUGUCUGCGAUGGAAUCAACCAUUGCGCUGAUGGAUCAGAUGAAACGUCCACAACUCUUUGCCAAAACAACGAGACGGGAACCAUCCUCGGAUUGGAAGUCACGUGGUUCGUCGUCGUAGUAAUUAGCACGCUGUUGGUCCUGUUAGUCCUGAUCGUUGCCGUUUCCAUCUGUAUUUGUCGGCGAGGAUGGAACAACGCUAACUCAGGAAACGGGACGAUGCAGCAGCAAAAUGCAACCUAUUCACUUCAACAGAUGUACGGCUCGAACGGCGCCAUGAAGCCCAGUUCCGGCAGCAUGACGACGCUGACGGCGACGGGCGGCGUCGGUGUCGCGACGAGCGUCCAGCAGCCGGGAAACUGGUGCCACCCUGCGGGCCCACUCGGGUUCCGCCUCAGCACGCCGGCUCGGGCCCGCCUCUACUGCCUGGCAAAGUGAGACAUGCGCCGCCGCCGGCCAAUGGCGGCGCCGACGCGGAUCACGUGUCCCAGAGCCAAAAGGACGAGUGGUUCGUCUAGCAGUAGGAGCGACCGGGUCGUAGCCUGCAGGGUGAGCCAGGCGUAGAACCCAUCGCCUGGCCAACAGCCACAGUUUUCUACGAUACCGACAAUCGACACGAUUCUUCUUCUUCGUGUGAUUGACUCUUAAGUGUAAGGACAAUGUUAGAUAUAUAUCUUAUACAGUGGAAUUUUGGAUAUCUUCCUUUUAUCUUACGUCUCAAAAUGCCCCUCGAAGAGAUCCCAAAUUUUGGACAGAGUCACAGUAAAGAAAAUAUAUUGAUGAAAUAAUUAAUCCAAAAAUACCAAUCCUAUAUCAUUGUACUAUUCCAGAAACGUUUCAAUUUUCAAUAUUUUGACUCCAAAAAAAUCAUGGCAUUUUUUUCGGGACGUUUUUGACUUAUUUUUUGAUUCCUCAAGCGAAGUUUGUCGCGAUAUCUGUUCUAUUCAAUGCUGAAUAAUUGGAGCAAUCAUUCUACAGCAUCGUCAACUGUAUUGAGACAAAUAGGAUUGUCAAUUCGCAAAAGAGCCUCUUGGUUUCGAAAAAAAUGUAAGGUCCUUUAGAAUCUUGAACAGAUUGAAAAAUAUUAUGAAAGACAAUAUGUACCUUUUAUCACUACUGUCUAGUAUAUCUGAAAAGUACCCUUAGUCUUAUAAAUGUGGAAAUAUAGCCUAAUGUAGGAAAUAACUAGUGAAAUCUCUUGGUCCGAAGUUGAAUUUUUGUACAUGUUUUGAAAGGUUUUUGAAAUUUUUGGAUUGCAUUUGUAAAGUCACACAGCUAUGUACUGCCGAAAAUGAAAAAAAAAGUUGUAGACCACGUCAUAUCAAGGCUGUUGUGUAAAAAUUGAAAUAAACAUAUCUGAAACCAUAUCUUAGCGAUUUCCUCAGCGGAAUCAUUGAUAUCUACUCAGCUUCUGAUGGAUUUAACAAGCUUCAGCUUCAGGUUCAGUGAAGAUGUAUUUCGAACAUGCCAAUCAAUAAGGAAUAUGAUUCGUCGAACAACAUAUUGGAGAUUUGUUCCUAGGUAUAAGAAAGACUAACCUUGAUAUGACUAAAGACUAUAAUUGAUAAUGCUAUUGAAGAUUGCUUGAGAGUGUAAGAUACUACAAACGCACAGCCCAUAUAGAUAAGUCAGAUUGACACUACUGUAAUGUUGAUAAGUAUAAAAUAGAAAAAAUCACUUCUAAUUGUAUAGCACUAUGGUGUGAGGCCUGGUAAAAUAAUAAUCCCACCACGAUUUGCGAAGACAAAAAAAGAAAAAUGAAGUAUACAAGUCUAUCUUCAUUCGAAAUUGAAGGACGUCGUAGUUUGGAACUGCAUCCCUGGCUUCUUCAGAGGUUCAUUCAUUUUGACGAUUCACCGAUGACUGGUGAUUCUAUUUAUGUUGACUAUUGUUGAUGUGUGAUGGCCGAAGUGUUACUACCUGUUAAUGAUGUAUCUAUUCCCGCCGUACCUGUUAGCGCGUUGUUAUUGGUUACGGUAUCAAUACCUGACUUAUCAAUAAGUGACCUGUCGUCUGUAAGAGCCGGAACAUUGCGAUGAGUUAAUUAUCAAUACUGUAACCAAUAACAAGCCGCUAUCCAGAUUGAUAAACUUCUGAAGACGUUAGGAUGCAGUUCCAAACUAAGUCCGCCUUCAAACCUGAAUGAAGAUUGUAGCACUUGGCUAAACUAGUUUGUGAGUUUUAAGAAUCGCCUUUUGGGCUGCAAAACGCCCCACCGUAUUUACAUGCGAUCAUGGAAAAUUAAUCUUGCAACAAAUGAAACAUUUUAUGGUGAUGUCGUUUGCGUUCUUCGUGAGUUCGAUUUGAUCGAAUAAAGAAUGUUUCCUGGGAUUAUUAUGUAAUACACCAGGAGUUAUGGGAGCAACCUAAUUUCCCAUUAGAUUGCUUUCAUCAACUAGAUCUUCUUCUCCAAGUUGAAGUUAUUGUAAAUGUAUAGAAAAGUAAUGAUUAAGCUACGUUAUGAGCCCAAUUUCCAACAACAACUCUUAGCAAAGUUUUGAACCACAAUGGUUUUCGGUCGACAACAGUUUUGAAUUAGUUUCUCUGAAACGGCUCUUCAAGAUAGGGCUGUAGGAAAGAUUGAAAUCAUACUGAAACUUUCCAAAUUAGCUGGGCGUGAAGUAAAGUUUUGUGAGGUGGUUGAAUAUUGCUAUAGAGUUGUUAUUACUGACCCACUCCAGAAAUAACGAACUAUUACAAUUUCGUACGGUUUUUUACUAUAGCAAACCCAGUAAGUUUCUAUUCAAAUCUUUCUACAAUGUUUUGACCGUUUAGAAUGCUUGAAAGCAUAGUAAGGGCUUGUAUUGCCAAGAGACGCAUGUUCUCAAGCUUGUGAGCAAAUCGCAAACGUCUAGUUUUAUAGCAAUAAUUUUGUUAAUACUUAUAUUCUGCUUCUAGUACUGAUGAAUAUCACUUAAAGUUAGUUGUUGGAAGAGAAAAUUUAUUCACAAGUUAGCAAUUUUUAGACAUAUCAGAGUCAUGUAUUAUGUACAUAUCAUCCAUAUUUAUGGUAGUUCCUCCAAAGACCAUAUUAGAUAUUUUAGCGUGAAGUAUAUCAGCAAUUUUCGACCAACUCGUCUCCAAUUUUUUUUCACGACAGUUAGGUGUAGAAAUUUGCUGUUGAUGUUUGUCAGCGCCGAAUUUUGUUUUGUGUAAUAUGAUUUGCUCACAAGCAUAUUUUAACUUUUGUGUGCUGAACAUAUAUAGGUAAUAAUGCCUCCCACACAUAUCACAUAAAAAAGCAACUGGCUUCAAAUUAAUGUUUGGCAAAGUAACUAAAAAUCAUACAGUAAGUUCCUUAGACGACCCAUGUCUUUGACAAUUUGUUAUACUCAUUCAGUGUAAGCAAAAUCUUCAGAUAAUCCACAUACUCAUUGGUAGACGAAAGGUUUGUUACCCGAAAACACGAUGUAAAAUAGAAGUAUGAAGGUUUUUCGAUACAUAUGUUGAAAAUGAUGAUCUCAGUUACUAUUGCAGAUAUUAUUAGUUGUGUAAUAUCCGACACAUUCCCAAAUUUUUGUACACCAGCAGUAUUCAGUGUGAAAAAAAAA